GCUACUAUAGUUACCAUCCAAUGUUAACGACACGGAGUCACGGUAUUGUAUUCAACGUUAAUAACCACAAAAAAUGGAGUUACCAGUUACGUAUUGUUUGUGUGGACGUUCUUAUGACUCCGAACAAUUUAUGAUACAAUGUGACGUCUGUAAAGAGUGGUACCACGGGGGGUGUGUGUCUGUAAAAGAGUACAUGUCCAUAGAUCUUGACAAAUAUCAUUGUCCACGUUGCGAAGCCAUGUGUGGGCCGUCUCUUAUGAAAGUAAGAUUAAAUUGGCACAGACACGACUACUCAGAAGCAGAUGCAGAUACUAAACCAGUUCAGACCGGAACACCAGUAUUCAUAAGAGAGUUGAAGUCCAGGCACUUUCCAAAAGCCGAUGAAAUUGUGAAACAUGUUCGAGGACAGCAAUUAACUCUUCAAUAUUUACAGACAAAUGGAUUUGAAAAUCCUGUUAUUAUUGAUGGAAAAGAUGGUUUGGAUAUGGUUGUGCCUCCUCCAAAUUUCAGUGUUUACGACGUGGAGAGUUACAUAGGCGGAGAUCGAGAGAUGGAUGUAAUCGAUGUCACGAGACAAAGUAACAUAAGAAUGAAAUUAAGAGACUUUGUUGAAUAUUACAACUCCCCUUGCAGGACAAGGGUUCUUAAUGUGAUUAGUCUUGAAUUUUCAAACACUGGUCUCUCACCAAUGGUCGAAGCACCAUACAUCGCGCGUAAACUCGACUGGGUUAAUUCUGUUUGGCCGCGCGAUUGGUCCGAGGAUAGUGACAUAAAACGUCCUGAAGUACAAAAAUAUUGCCUAAUGGGGGUCAGGGACAGUUUCACAGAUUUCCAUAUCGAUUUUGGUGGCACAUCCGUGUGGUAUCACGUACUGCGCGGCGAAAAAGUGUUCUACUUGAUCAGGCCCACUCCCGCGAAUCUGCAAUUGUAUCAGCACUGGAUGUGCAGUUCGACUCAGAGCGAAACCUUUUUCGGAGAUCAGGCGGACGCGUGUUACAAAUCCGUUUUGAAACAGGGUCAGACGAUGAUGAUCCCAACUGGGUGGAUACAUGCUGUACUGACUCCGGUCGAUUCGUUGGUAUUCGGUGGAAACUUUGUACAUAGUCUCAACAUUCCAAUGCAAAUACAAAUAUACGAAUUAGAAAGAAAAAUGAAGACUCCCGCCAAAUUUCAGUAUCCGGGUUUUGAGACAAUCAAUUGGUUCGCAGCAAAGAAAUUGUUGAAAGAAUUGAAAGAAUUAAAUAACGAGGGGAAGAAAUGCCCAGCAUAUCUUUUACAGGGCGUUAAAGCGUUACUCAGUAUUCUCAAACAAUGGAACACAGAUAAAGAUUACAAUAUGAUCAGUCGGGGUCAAAUACCGGAAACUAUAAAUAGUCAAAAAUUACUGAAAGACUUCAGUAAGGAGAUUCGACACGCGGAACGAUACUUAAUAUCUUUAAAUCCUCCGAAACCGGAGCGGGAGAGUAAACGUAAAAAAAAGAAGCCGUUAAAUAAAGAUUUCGUGGACUACGACGUUGCCGACAAAAUGGUCGAUAACCCGUUCAAAACAACGUUGAAAGAAACGAAUAAAGUGGAAGCUACAAUUGGCGAAUCACUGCCCUCCAGUCGACCACCUUUAAAAUUAACUUUACCCAAGCCUAUCAUGUAUCCAUACGUGAAAACUCAGGGUCAAUCGUUAGAAGAGAAGAACGUCGCUUCUCCCACUAGUAAACGAGCAUCAAAACCGGGGAAGCAGAGCCCGACUGUGAUUAGAUUUAAACUUGGUAAUAACGAAGUCGUAAGGAGUACACACGACAGCAUUAAUGUACAUAACAAUUUACCUACGGAUCGGCCACUUGAAACGUCGAAAGACUUAACAUGGAAACAGACCUCUAUAUAUGAUUUUCAUGACGGUAGCAACGAGAGUGAUUACGGCCGGUUAACGGUGGACGAAUCUCCGAAACGGAAGAGAGCACCAAGGAAUAGCACGCAGAAGCGAUUGAAACGCGAUUAUGACGGUGACGUCGACAUCUUAAGUGAUGUACCAAAAAAUGGUAUUGAAGAAUUAUUGAAAGCCUCAGCUUACACCUUAGGGAAUGGUGCUCAAAGGUUGGAUGUAACGUCCACGGUGAUUCCACAAUACAGUCAACCAAUGCCACCUCCCACGGGUUCUGGCAGGGCAUCUCCAUCGACCCGGGAAGCGAUCGCUGGGAUGCUGUCGUUCAGCGAGCAAUGUUAUUCGACUACAUCGAACAGUACCUCGAAGUCCACGAAAAAUACGAAAGCACAGCCAGAAGACGACGACGACGACGACGAUCAGUCGAUAGAAAACAUCGACAAAGUUCAUCAGGACGACGAUUUUAUUUAUCCAGCUCUAGACGCCUCGGACGACGAGGAUUAUAUUUUUAAAUCUAAGUCGAAAAGUCAAAUAGACGAAGCGUGGAAUCCAAAAGCAAGAGUAGGACCCUUGUUACCGAAAACGAAUCGGCCAGCUCGGGAGGGUGUAAAGAAAACAUCGGUCGAGAAAGGUCUGGAGGCCGCGGCGGCGAAACGAGCUAAACAAUCGGAUGAUUAUCUGGAUAACAACAUGGAUAAGGGCUCGCCGAAAAAAUUGAAUACAACGAAACGGGCAUACAAUAAGAAAAAGUCAAAACAGUCGCCUGUGAGUUCGACAGGUGGGACAUCUACUACAUCUUCGGAAGACUCUAUCAAAACAAAUAUUGGAUUUGGCUCGAUAUUAACUAGCCCUAACAGGCUAAAAGAUGUUAAAGCAAAACUGGCAGCCCCGGUUCCAGUCGAACGAAAACCAAAGAAAGGAAUGAAAACAGCGAAACAACGGUUGGGAAAAAUUUUGAAGCUUCACAAGAUGAUGCACUAAGUAGUAAAACGA